AUGAAUGGCGACGUCCCCACUAGCACUGGCGGCCCCGGGUCUCCUGAGUAUCCACGUAUGCCAACCGUGGCCUCUCAAUGGCCUGCUGACGUAGAUCUAGAUGCACUCUAUCUCUCAGAGCGUUCCGAAGUGGAUGAGCUUGUACGAAGCGCCUCUGUCCUAAGCGUCUGGACGGUCGAAACUCGCAAGGAAAACGCUGUGGUGUAUCUCCACUCAAAGAACAGCGAGCGUCUUUCGUACUCGGUACGUGCAGUAACUAAAGUCUCAGGCUCAGUGACCGACGUGCUUGAAUGUCUUCGAGCAGUCAACAAUACAAGUCUCAAAGGAUUUCAAAAGCUACUGCACCCACGCAACUUUUUAGAUGGAGAAGUACUGUACGCACAUCAUGCGGACGCUACGUCCGUACAAGAUGGUGCAUCUUUUGAGUCCAUGACACUCAAGUGGCUCGUGUACUCGUCCCCAAAGACGCUCGGGCGUUCAAAAGAAUUUUGCAUCCGCGAGUAUUGCGUGCUAUUGCCAAAUCACCCGGUGCACGGUAAUGUCGGAGUCUUGAAAUUUGAGUCGUAUGAUGGUGCAGCUGCACGCUACGGCAUUCGAGGCAAGCCAGAUGCCUACAGUUUGACCGUCUUUGAGCCUAGUUCGUACGUGGUGCAGCAGACUCCAGAAGACCCCAAUAUGGUCAACGUCACGCUCACAUUUGCCAUGCGGAAAGCACGAGGAGGUGAGAGCGUCUCUGCCGGGGUGCGACUGACCUCGCUUCGACUUGCUGGAGGUCUGUCCGGGAUGGAGAAGGCAGUGCAGCAAGCACUUUUCGCUCCAGCGGCACUGGCACAACGACAGGAGUGGGUCAAUGAUGCACAACGGACCAACUGCUCACUCUGCACACAGUCUUUUGGUAUGUUGAAGCGACGUCAUCAUUGCCGAGUGUGUGGAGAAGUAGUGUGCUCGGCGUGCACGGUGUUUAAGAUGGUCAAGGGGGAUCAAGAUGUGGCGGCAAAAGUGCGCGUUUGCAAGGCGUGCUUAGCAAACAGUGGCAGCUCAAAUGGCAAUACGAAUUUUGGAAAUACGAUGAUUGGUGGCAGCACGAAUUUUGGAAGCACGAUGGUCGGUGGAUUCUCGAAUCCGUCAGGUCGGACCGUGAGUAGCAAUGGCACAGACUUAGACAUGAGCGGCAGUACUGGCACUACUCCGCUUCCAAAUGGGUUGGGUGUUGGCACAAGCAUUGGUAGUACGAGUUCUCUGACUUCGAGUGAGUCAUAUAGCCCACCUAACGAGAAUCCGGCGUCGGCGACUCCUCCUGCGAUACCGUAUAACAAAGGCUCAGCUUUGUCUCUAACUGACUUUGAUGCAAAUGCGCAAAUGAGUGACGACGGAGGUAGCAGCCCACCUCUUUUCCAUAAACGAACAUCAACAACAUCAAGUCAAGGUAGGGGAACGGGCUUUGAAGGCAGGCCGAUUGAUACCGUGGGCAGGACUGCUUCCAAUGCCAGUAUUGCUACGAGCAGGAAGAAGAGUUCAGAUUGUCGCAUCCAUUACUUUAACGAGGACAUGGAGGAGAUCUGUAUGCUGGCAAUGGAGACGUUGGCUUGUCCCAUGGCUGGUAUUCGCACCGAAGAUUUUGAGCUUGUGAGGUAUUAUGACGGCAAGCCGGCGCCGGGUCUACCUCGAAGUUUGCCGACUUUCCGACGACUUGCAACUCGCGGCAAGCCGUGUAUCGUGCUCGACGUGAGCUCGGAUAAACGAAUUUCAGGUGAAAAGCGCUUCACAGCAAAGUUACAAUUCUUUGUUGGCAUUCCGUUGCUAGUAAACGGUGAAGUGGUAGGCGACUUGUGCGUGGCAGAUCGUUAUGCCCGCGACAACAUUGACCACAAGCAGGUGGAGGUGCUCAAUGUGCUGGGCGAGACAGUUACGCAAUAUAUGCAGUCAGACGAGUAUCAAGAGGACCUGAUGGAGUUUAAGUCGGCUACGAAGGUGGCGCGCAGGCCCCCUACGACAGGCCCAGCUCCCCAGCCAGUUGACGAAGAAGAUAGCUCACCGUUAAAAGACACCAAGGAAGUUGCGUUUUAA